AAAGCUGAUUGAAACCUACCCUAAGCUCCUUUUUCUUCCGCUCUAAAGGUAGCCCCGAUUAUUGCUGACUUAAGCAUCGGAGUGUCUAUCACGAGGACCCACCUUGGGGCUUUGCAGGUUCAUUUGAAGUGAAGACGUGGACUGAAGAAGGACUUCUGGUUUGGUGCAGUUACAUUUAGCGUCGUCUGUGGGAAUUUGAACUGAAAGCUCCCUUGUUGCUCUUAUCAUGGUUAGAACUAGGUCAGUCCAAGGUGGAAACUCAUUUCAGCCUCUCGAACGGGGUUAGGUCCCCAGCAACCUCCCACCUCAUCCCCCGGCCCCAAUCCUGCAUACCCGCCCCCAAUCCUGCAUACAUUCCCUCAUGUUGACCAUGCAGAAGGAGGAGAUGAAAAUCAGCCACACAAUUCGGCUCACAACUCAGCCUCUACUGCUAACCAAGACGUAGUUGCAACUUAGCUCGUUGCCAUGCAACAGCAGUUUGGUGUUUUUCAGCUAGUGCUGGCUCAGCUAUUAGUCUGGAACAAUCCUGGUGAUCCACUCAUCAACCUACUUAAUCUUGCUCCACAACCCCCAGCUCCACAACAAAAUCCUGAUCCAGUUCAGCAUGCUCCUGCUAUUAAUGGCUUAGAAAAGCCAGUGGCUGAACACCGAGGUGCCCCACCUCCAUACCAUGUGGCUGACUCCAUACCUCAUCAUUUGAACACCAACAUUACAUUGGAACCCUACCCCGCUGGCUUCAAGAUACCACUACUCGAAACUUAUGAUGGGACGAAGGACCCCGAUGAUCAUCUCCAUGCUUUCUACUUUUACAUGCAAGCCCAGAACGCCUCUGAUGCGUUGAUGUGCAAAAUCUUUCCCUCUACUCUACGAGCUGUGAUCUCAAGUCUUAGCCAUGAGAGAUUCAGGGAUAGCCUGCUUAAACAUCUUGCCACCACCUUCAGCGAGAUUAAGAAUAAGAUGGACAUAAGGCAUCUGGGUCCAAUGAGAACUGCCGCUGCUACUAGAGAUCAUACUAGGUAUUGUGAUUUUCAUCAAGAUCACGGUCAUACAACAGAGCAAUGCAACAGUCUGAGAGAACAGGGCCCACAGUAUCAAGGAGUCUACAAUCCCCCAAAUAGGCAAGGGGUGGGAUAUCAGCAAGCCCCACCCCCGCUCCCACUACCAGCUAGAAUCAUACACAUGAUUAUGAGAGGCCUGGAAGUAGGUGGAUUGAGCUCUAAACAGAGAAAGUUGUAUGUUAGAGAGGUUAAGCAUCCAAACCAAGCUCAGAAACGAAAGUUUGACGAUGCUGACUGGAAGAAUCAACCUAUUACUUUCACAUCUGUUGAUUUUGACACAGUUGUUACACCCCCCAAUGAUCCUCUGGUCACUUCUGUCCUGAUUAACAAAUGUGAAGUCCAAUGUGUCCUUGUUGACACCGGGAGUGCACCAGACAUCAUGUACUUCCACUGUUUUGAGAGUCUUGGACUAGAUCCGGCAUUAUUGCAGAGAUAUGAUGGUCCCAUCUAUGGUUUCAAUAACCAGCCAGUUCCAGUUGAAGGUGUCCUAACCAUGAAUGUUGCAUUUGGGAGUGGCCGAACCUACGUGACUCCUUCCGUCCUGUUUCUAGUAGUCAAGAUGGCGUCCUCCUUCAAUGUUGUUAUUGGCCGACCCACGCUGACUGAAAUUCGAGCCGUGGUUUCCCAGUCUCACCUCUGCAUGAAGUUCCCCACUCCCAUGGGCAUAGCAACACUGCGAGGUGUUAAGAUCGUAGAUAACCGACCGGAAGAUGAAACCAGAGCUGCCCCAGUUGAGGAUAUUGAGGAAGUGCAUAUUGAUGACAGAGAUCCGAGUCAAAAAACGCAAAUUGGAACUAAGUUGAACCCGGAGGAAAAAGCAGAGCUAAUAGCUUACCUUCAGGCCAACAAAGAUGUUUUUGCAUGGACUUCAACAGAUAUGCUGAGAAUUCCCACUUCAGUUUCUCAACAUAAACUCAGCACCAAUCCACUCAAGAAACCAGUAGCCCAAAAACGGCGCCUCUUUGGGGGGCAGAGGUUACAGGUCAUUAAAGAAGAAGUUGAGAAACUCCUACAAGCUAGCUUUGUUAGGAAGGUCGAUUACUGUGAAUGGGUCGCCAAUCCUGUGCUAGUAAAAAAAGCAAACGGUAAAUGGCAGAUGUGCAUCGAUUACACUAACCUCAACGACGCAUGUCCAAAAGACUGUUACCCAAUGCCAAACAUUGACAAGCUGGUUGAGGCAGCUUUUGGAAAUGAGAAAUUAAGUCUCUUGGAUGCAUACUCUGGCUACCACCAGGUUCCAAUGGCUCCUGAGGAUGCAGAUAAAACCUCGUUCUAUGCUGGCGAUGAAAUUUAUUGCUAUGUAAUGAUUCCCUUCGGCUUGAAGAACGCAGGUGCCACUUACCAGAAGAUGGUUACCAUCGUAUUCCGAGCUCAAAUAGGUCAAAAUCUGGAGGUAUAUGUUGAUGAUAUAGUGAUGAAAAGUUUGAAAGCUGGAGAUCACUUAAUCGACCUCGAGGAGACAUUCAACAACCUCAGAAAGAACAAGAUGAGGUUAAAUCCAGCAAAGUGUAUUUUCGAGGUAGAGUCGGGAAAAUUUCUAGGCUUCAUGGUGUCCAAAAAGGGGAUUGAGGUCAACCCUGAGAAGAUCAAAGCAGUAGCCGAGAUGGAACCACCAAAGUUAGUGAAAGAUGUGCAAAGGUUGAUGGGGAGAGUAGCUGCUCUUCAUAGAUUCAUUUCGAAAUCAGCAGAUAAAUGCUUGCUGUUCUCCAAGAUCAUGAGAUUGGCAACUCAGAAGGAUGAAUCUGGCAAACAAAAGAAGUUUGCAUGGAAUUCAGAAUGUCAAGCUGCAUUUGAUGAGCUGAAGUCUUAUCUUAGCUCACCUCCCUUGUUGACAAAGGCUAAUGAUGGAGAAAUCCUUUACUUGUACCUCAAGAUAUCAGAUGAGGCUAUCAGUUCUGUGUUAGUAAGGGAAGAGGGAAAGCAACAGAAACCAGUUUACUACAUCAGUAGCGUGUUACAUGGAGCUGAAGUCAGAUAUUCCAUUGCUGAGGAAGCAGCCUUAACAGUUGUCACUUUGGCCAGGAAAUUGAGACCGUAUUUCCAAUCACACCCAAUCAUAGUCCUCAUGGACCAGCCAGCUCUCACCGAUUUCAUAAUAGAAUGCACCUCGGCUCACAUUGAUUCCCAAUCCGAGGUGGACAGUUGGAUUCUGUAUGUUGAUGGCGCAUCAAGUAACAAAGGUUCUGGCACCGGUGCAAUCCUACUUGGCCCAGAUGGGUACCGAAGCGAACACGCUCUAAAAUUUAAUUUUGAUGCCACUAACAAUAUGGCCGAAUACGAAGCCCUGCUACUCGGCCUACAGCUGGCGAUAGAAUUGAAGGUUGAAGAAGAGAUGAGGUUGAGAAAGAAGGCAUCUCGGCACACCCUUGUUAAUGAUGUCCUCUACAAGAGAUCUUUCUCACUCCCUCUGCUUCGCUGCCUAACCCCUUAUGAGGCUGAAUACGCACUUGGGGAGGUGCAUGAAGGUGUCUACGGAAGUCACGUAGGUGCUCGAACUUUGGCCCAUAAAGUUCUUAGACAAGGUUAUUAUUGGCCCAACAUGUAUAAGGAUGCCAUCCAGUUCGUACAAAGGUGUCAGAAAUGUCAGUUUUUCGCACAUCUAAUCCAUCAGCCUACAGAAGAGCUCACUACUCUGGUAGCACCUUGGCUAUUUGCUCAGUGGGGUCUUGAACUUUUAGGUCCAUUUAUGAAGGGGGUAGGAGGUGUAACCCAUCUCAUCGUUGGUGUGGAUUAUUUUACAAAAUGUGUUGAAGCUCGAGCACUAUCCAGUCUUACCUCCAAGAAGGUUGAAGACUUUGUUUUCAGCUCGAUUAUUUGUAGAUAUGGGAUCCCAAGCCAGAUCGUAGCUGACAACGGAACUCAAUUCAAUUGCUCCUCAUUCUGGGAUUUCUGUUCCAACUACGGGAUCAAACUGCAGUUCACCUUGGUUUACCAUCCGGAGUCCAACGGCAUGGUCGAAUCUGUUAAAAAAUGCAUCUUAGAAGGUAUAAAGCUGAGAUUGGAACAGCACAAGGCCAAAUGGGUAGACGAGCUCAACAAUGUCCUCUGGGCAUACAGAACCAUGAGUUGAACUGCCACAGGUAUUACUUAC